GAAAUCUUCCUCUCCGUUCACUGAGGAGCAGAGCUAAAGAGUAACUCAGGUCAGGAGACAGUUGGUUUAAUCCUGAGUGAGUGAGGGGCGUGGACUCUGUUCAGAGCCAGCUCCUCACUGGUGAGCUUAUUCUUUGAAAGAGUUAAUAGCUACCUGUGGAUGUUGUUUAAAACCCAGGAUUAUAGGUCACGGAUACCAAGUUUGCUGCUUUGUAUUCUCUUAUCUGCCUGGUGUUAAUGUGUACAGCUGAUCAGAACAGGCAGUGUUUCAUUAGAUGCCACUUUAUACUUCUAGCACAAUAUGUUUUUACAUUACUUUAUAUCUGUAGAAAUAUGGUUGCUGUUAAGAUAAGAUAAGAAUUACUUUACUAAUCCCAAACUGAGAAAUGUUUGUGUUGCAGCAGCACAAUACAAUAUACCCCAAUAAAGGGUACACCACUACGGACUAAACAUAUUUGCUAAUGUAGUCCAUAUACAGUAGGUUGUAAAAUGACACAAAAAGCCUUCAUCAUUAUUUUUCUUUAAAUUAGAAUUAAUAUAUUAGCACAAAUAGAAAAAAGUAUUCAUAAAAAUGAAUAUAAAUGAUUAAAGGAGCUGUUUGAGAUUUAGACAACUCUUUAUUUUUAAGUUGAGCUCUAGGUUUUAAUAUGCUCUGAAUCCUCACACUUUAAUACUAAAUGUAUGAAACAGGACCGGAAUUCUUUUUUAUUUUAUUUUAGAGGAACCCAGCAAACUGGUGUCUGUGAUGGGGGGAAAGUGGGGUUAAAGGAAUGUAAGGCUGGAAGGAUGCAGAGAUGCUCUGGUUUUCCUGAAGAGUUAGAUAAAGCAUGCUGGCAGCAAAGAUGGCCAUUAGAGCUGGGUUGAAGAAGUGAAGGGCCGGCUUGAUUGAUAGGCAGGUUUGCUGAUUGCUGAUUCAGGCUAGGGUCAGCCUAGCUAUGUAUCGACAGGUGGUCGAGGUCCAGCCGGAGAGCAGGGUUCAUGUGGAAGGUCAAUGGAGUACUGGCCUGUGUGAGUGCCAUAAAGACGUGGGAGACUGCUGUUUUGCCCUGUGCUGCCUCCCAGUGUUUACCUGCAAGGUGACCAGAGCAGUGGGCGCCUGUGCCUGCCUGCCUCUGCUCGACUGUAUCGGCUGCGUCCCCCCUGCCUCUCUCGCCAUGAGGGCAUCUGUCAGGCAACGAUACGGCAUAAAGGGGAGUGUGUGGAGCGACUGCCUAUACGGAUGCUGCUGCUAUCCGCUGUCUUGGCUCCAGAUCUCCAGAGAGCUGAAGAGAAGAGCAGCGUCCCACGCCUCCUCCUCCUCCUCCUCCUCCUCCUCCUCCUCCUCCUCCUCCUCCUCCUCCGCCUCAGCCAGAUACAGUGCUCUGCGCUGCCUGCAGGGGGCGCACUUGGUCUAGACUUUCUCAGCUACAGCCUGGUCUCCAGGGUACAGGAGUAGAUUUAAUCACACUUCCCCUGAUCUGCAGCCACUCCCUGGUACCUUCACAGAAUUCAGCAGGGACACAAUCUGUCGUGCAGAGAGGAACGUUUAGAAUUUCCCAAGAUAAUAAAACCUUUUUAUUUUUUUUAGUGUGAAGAAGUAAUUGCUGCAUUUUAUUUUGGAAAGCAGAUUCAACUUGUGAUAUAUUGUAAUUUGUUAUCUUGAUCAUGUUGUUUUAUUUCUCACUUAUUAUAUAUUAUAUAAAGAAAGAACAUUUACUCAAGCACCCCACUCACAGUUUUCUGUUUUAGGGGAUUUUAUUUGGGCAUUUCAAUGUUAUGCUGCUGUAUACUUCUAUUCUACAUUUGUUUUUUUCAGAUUAAAAUUCAACCACAA